AUGUAUCCCGGUUCCACCUACCAGGGCGUAUUGCCAGAAUCACAAUUAAGAAAAAUGGGGAGCAGUGAAGGUCAACAGACUUUUUGUUUAAAAUGGAACCACCAUAAGACCAAUUUGGUCGAAAUCUUAGAGGCUUUAAUUAAAGUCGAAACGUACGUUGAUUGUACAUUGGUUGUUGAUGACCAGGUCACGUUUAAAGCGCACCGGGUUGUGCUUGCUGCAAAUUCUCCGUAUUUUCAAUCAAUACUGGCAGACGUGCCCAUGGAUCACUGUAGCAUUUUGUUUCCAGGAGUUAAAGAUUUUGAAAUGCGUGCACUCCUUGAAUACAUGUAUACAGGAGAAGUUAAUGUAACACAAGCACAUAUACCUCGUAUUAUGAAAGUUGCAGAGCAACUUGAAGUUAAGGGCCUAUUUGACAUGACAGAGCUCCGUCGGAGGCCGGGUAGUAGCGAACGCACUCCUGCGGCCUCCCCGCCCCGUGUGGUGCCUGCUGCGCCUUCUAGCGUAUCGCCACCCGUACCAAAUAGUCGAUGGCCACCUCCGCCGGCUACUCCAGUCCUCUCAGCCGCCUACGACUCUGCCGACAUGAAUCCACUGAAACGCAAAAAACUCUCAAGUAUGCUAGCUACGCGUGAUACUCCAAUCUUAAGGAAUGUCCUUGCUCAGGCUACUCCAGUAGAUUCAUCUCAGCCUAUGUCACUAGUUUGCCACCCAGCAAAUCACGAGUCAAGCCGCUUACACUCAAAUGGAUCAGCGCAUGAAUCUGAACGACCUGUGAGUCCACAACGACCUUUUGAUUAUCGACCUCGUCGAUUGUCAUCGAGAGCGUCUUCUCCACAUUAUAAUCGUUCAGAUCGUUCUGAAGAUGCUCAUUCACCAUACACUGAGAGGUCGUUUGAAGAUGACACUCAGCGAUCGUUUCAUCCUUCUCCACCUCCAGGAAAUUUUCAACAAGAUGUAAGAGCUGGUUUAGCGCCUUAUGUACCGCCUCAACAGAAACCCGAAUGGAAGCGAUACAAACAAUACACGCGUUCCGAUAUUAUGUCUGCUAUUGAAUGUGUGCGUAAUGGAAUGAGCGCAUUACAAGCCUCCCGAAAAUAUGGCGUUCCCUCGCGUACACUAUAUGACAAGGUGAAAAAAUUAGGAAUUACCACAAGCCGACCAAUGAGUCGGGGAGUUAAAAGAGAAUCGAAUGGGGCCGCUUUUCCUUAUGGCCUGAGCGGAACUAGUGGAAACGAAGAUGGAACCUCGACAACACCGCUCAUUGAUCCAUCAUUCUUACAACAAGCGUUAGAAGGAGCAACUCGAGACGGCGGGCGAGAAGCUCUGCAUGCAAUGGCAUUAGCUGCAGCGGCACAUGCAGCGUUAGCCCCAAGAACUCCUCCACGUUCGGCGCCACAAUCACCUCGAUCCCCAGUUGCUCAUGAUGAUGAUCGCGUUGAGGAUUUAUCUGUAGCACGCCGACGUGAUCCCGACCCACCUUCUGGAGUAAUAGUUCCUCCUCGUAAUUUUGCUCUCGACUGCGGCAGCGACAGAGAUUGA